AUGCGCCACUUGAAGGAAACUGACAGCGAGCAUUCCACCAUUCUCAUGGUUCAGGUAGAGAACGCCACCGCCUCGGGGGGUUCCCGCGACGUUUCUCCCGCCGCCGAGGAACGCUUCACACAACCCGUUCCAUCAGAGUUGGUGUCGUUUCUGACCAACAACUGGGACCAUCUUCAAGCUGGGUUGCAGCGCACACUCGGCCAUUUUACGUCUCAGUACCGACCAUCAUCCCCCCUUCUGUCUCGAGAAUCGUGGGCGGAGGUCUUCGGCCGAGGCCCGCACACGGACGAGCUGUUCAUGGCCUACCACGCCGCUCUGUACGUCCACGAGAUUGCCACCGCAGGAAAGGAGGAGUACCCUCUUCCAUUGUACACACAGCUCUGGGAGGAAGAUGAUGUUGGAAAAGAUGAGAAGGACGGCAUCCCCGCCACUGUAACCGGGGAAGGAGGGUCCUCACCUGUGGACUACCACUACCGGUCCUCUGGCGACCUCCUUGAUAUCUGGCAGCGGUUUGCACCCUCCUUCGACUUCGUGGCUCCCAGCCGCUGCCUUCUGAGGAAAGCCUAUGCGCGCGUCUGGGCCCAGUACCGACACCGCCCCUAG